AAGAAUUUGUUAUUACUGUUUGGUUUCUCUUCUCUCUCCGCAGUCCGCACUACUUGGUUUGACCCACUUCCACUUUAGAGAGAGGGAGAGACUCCUUUGGGUUUCUUUUCGUUCCAACUUCCACACCCUUUCUCUUCCCUCGCACUUCAAUUCCCAAACACUCGCAAUUGCUCUCUUCCUCCUCUCUGCGCCCAAGGAGAUCACGUCGUUUGUUAGGAUUGUACUGUUGCCAUGGAGUUCGUGGGGAAAGCCGUUAGGAAAGAGGUGAAGGGGGUUGGGUUUGUCUCGGGAACAGUGAAAUCCUACGAACCUUCCUCUGGUUUUUUCGAGAUCGUUUACGAAGACGGCGAUUCUGAGGAGUUGGAGUCCUCUGACGUGGCUGCUCUUCUGCAAUCUCAGCCGGAGACUGUCAAGGCCAAGCCUCGGGUCGGUCGGAAACCUAAGAAGCGCCGUCGCGUCGAGCGGAGGCGCGAUUCCGGAGCCGUUUCAGGUAAUGCUAGCGAGAAUUCGCUGCCGGAGGGUAGUGAUUUUAGGGGGGUUUUGGAUGGUGAUGCUUCUGCUGGUGCUAGUGAGAAUUUGGAACUAGGUUGUGGUGGGUUUGAGAGAGCCUUGGAUGUGGGAAUUGGGAAUGGAGGGAAUCUUAUGGGCAAUGUUAAUGGGACUGUGAAGGAAAACGGGGUAAGAGAGACAGAGGGUAAGGAAAUUGGUUUGGAAGAUAGUUUGGAUAAGAAUGUUGUUGCUAAUGGUAAUUGUGUCAAUGAUGGGCUUGAUUUGAAUGCUGGUCUUAAUCUUAACGAGGAUUUAAAUUUGAAUGAUGCAUUUAAUUCGCCGUCGAACACUGAGGAUGGUUUGAAGAGGAGAGAUUGCAUUGAUUUAAAUUUGGAUGUGUGUGCUGAGGAUGAUGUCAGCCCGAAUGUUGGUUGUUCGGGAGGGGAGACGUUACAGCGGGAGUGUAACUUUGAUUUAAACGUGGAGGUGUGUGAGGAAGUUAAGGAAACUCAGUGUGAUGCUGACAGAAAUGGACAUCCUGACCUAGGUGAUGCUUUGUUUGGUAAGAUGGGACAGCUCGGAAAGGAAGAGAUAAAUAUUAGUAUGGGUUCCGUCAAAGAGGAUGGUGUUCAAGGUAAUUUGAAUCAUGUAUCUGAUGCUGUCAAAUUGGAGGUAGUUCAUGUUUCUGGUGUGUAUGCAGCUGAAGAUGCUUCUUUGUGUUUGGUUGAAGAGAAUGGAGGCAAUGAUGGCAAAGAAGAUGCAGCAGCUAUUGGUUCUCAUCAGGUUUCAAAUGCUAUUUCUGUUAGGGAUUCUGAUUCUGUGGAGGUUCAGCAAAUGGAUUGUCCUUCUGAAGGCGGUGUUGCCAUAAUUCAUGAAUACCAAGACGAUCCAGGUAGUCCAUGUGAACCAGGAAAUGGUCGAAGGAAGAGAAGAAAAGUAUCAGAUAAUCUGAAAGCGUCACCAGAGACAGUUUUAAGGAGGAGUUCUCGUCGAGCAUCAGCUAGAAAACGGGUUUCAAGCACUGUACUGGUGGAGGUGACUGAAGAUCCUUUGUUGUCCAUGGAAACCAGUGCCUUAACAGAAGAAAAGCCUCUAAUCCCUAAUUCUCAGAAAUACGGGCAAUGCAAUGAUCCUCUUCCAAAGCUUCAAUUACCCCCGUCUUCUACAAGUUUGAAUUUAGAUCAUGUUCCUGUUCUUGAACUUUUUUCUAUUUAUGCCUGUUUAAGAUCGUUCAGUACUUUCUUGUUUUUGAGUCCAUUUGAGUUGGAGGAUCUUGUAGCUGCACUAAAGUCUGAAAUCCCAAGUAUAUUAUUUGACAGCAUUCAUGUUUCUAUCUUGCAAACUCUGCGAAAGCAUUUGGAAUUCCUUUCUAAUGAGGGUUGCCAAUCUGCUUCCAGUUGUCUGAGGAAUCUUAACUGGGAUUUUUUGGACCUGGUCACAUGGCCUAUUUUCAUGGCUGAGUACCUUUUGAUUCAUGGCUCAGGAUUUAAAACUGGUUUUGAUCUUAAACACCUAAUGCUCAGAACUGAUUACUACAAACAACCUGUAAUUGUGAAGGUUGAAAUUCUUCAGUACCUGUGUGAUGAUAUGAUUGAAUCAGAAGCCAUAAGGUCAGAGCUUAACAGAAGAUCUUUGGUAACUGAGGCUGAUAUAGGUUUUGAUCAGAAUAUGUAUUUUGACACUUGCAAGAAAAGAAAAGCUGUAAUGGAUGUGUCUGGUGGCUCUUGCUUGACCGAGGAGAAUGUGGAUAACCCAACUGACUGGAACAGUGAUGAAUGUUGCCUCUGCAAGAUGGAUGGUAGUUUAAUAUGCUGUGAUGGUUGCCCUGCUGCAUUCCACUCAAGAUGUGUGGGAAUUGUCAGUGACAGUCUGCCUGAAGGUGACUGGUAUUGCCCUGAGUGUGGUGGCAAAAACAGGGCUUGGAUGAAAUCACGGAGGUCACUUCGAGGAGCAGACUUAUUAGGGAUUGAUCUGGAUGGCCGUCUCUAUUUUAACAGCUGUGGUUACCUGUUGGUGUCAAGUUCAUCUGAAAUAGAGUCAUCGUUCAAUUACUACCACAGAAAUGAUCUACAUGUAGUAAUUGAAGCUCUAAAAUCUAUGGAUCCUUUAUACGAAGGCAUAUUAAUUGCUAUCUAUAAGCAUUGGGAUAUCCCUGCUAACUUGAGUAUGGGGGAUAGUGUCUUUAAUCAUAGUUCCUGUAAGAACAUGCAGAUGAAGGGAGAAUAUUCUACUAUGCAUACAUCUUUAGGACCUUUGACUUCAGAGACAUUUUUGGACAAGAAUCAGGCUAAUGAUCAAAGAAAGUUGGAUGAUAAUUCAACUAAUGACUGUUGUAUGCAUCUUGGCCAAGAGUUUCCAAAGUCUGGGAACCGUCUAGAUUCAACGACCACCAUAGAAAGUCCUUGUGUUGUUUCAGAAGGAUCAGCUGAUACCACACAGAUGAAAACAGGCAUCGAGAAUGUUCAGAUAUAUGGGCUCAAUGAUUCCAAUAGAUGUGAUGAUUCCUUGAAUCAGCUAGGAAUACCAGAAAGAUGCCAUCCUGUUGGUGACUGUUCUUUGACAUCUUCCAGCUUAGACGUGGGACGUAAAAUAAACUUAAGAUCUGUAGGUGCUAGCAGUACCCCCUCAACAGACAAUAAGGAUACUUCAAAAGCACCUUGUGGAAUUGACUACAUAAACUAUUAUAGCUUUGCCCGAACGGCUUCCUUUGUUGCACAGGAGUUGAUGUGCAAGUCACCUGAAAAAAUGAAUAAGAUUUUUGCAAUGUCUGAAGAAGAAAUUAUUUCAGACCAAGCAAAAGUCAUUAUGAAAAAAUCUGCUAACUUCUGUUGGCCAAGUAUUCAGAACUUGAGUGCAGCUGCCCAAAAAGAAAAAUGUGGGUGGUGCUAUACUUGCAAAGUUGCAAAUGAGGACAGGGAUUGCUUGUUUAAUUCUGUGGUGAAGCCUGCUUGGGAAGUGUCUAAGACUAAUAGUACUUUAGUUGGGCUUCAACCCAGGAAGAUUCAGAAUGGACAUCUUAGAGAUAUCAUAUGUCAGAUCUUCUCUCUUGAGGUUCGGUUACGUGGGCUUUUGUUGGGUCCAUGGUUGAAUCUGCAUCAGACUAAUCUUUGGCAUAAGGAUCUUUUGAAGUCAUAUGAUGUUCUUCCUGUUAAACAAUUAUUGCUUCUUUUAGAAUCCAAUUUACGGCCUCUUGGACUUUCAGCAGAUUGGUUAAAGCAUGUGGAUUCUGUUGCUACAAUGGGAUCCUCUGCUCAUAUUGUAGUCAGUUCAUCACGCUCAUCGUCAAGGCAUGGUAUUGGAAGGAAAAGGGCCAGACAUUCAGAUAUUGAAACCAGUUCAUCUUCAAACACUGCUAGUGGUUUGGGGAUGUACUGGUGGAGAGGUGGUAGGCUUUCCCGAAAAUUGUUUAAUUGGAAGGUUUUGCCUCACUCCUUGGUUACCAAGGCUGCUCGACAAGGUGGGUGUAGGAAGAUACCAGGCAUUUUAUAUCCUGAGAAUUCAGAUUUUGCACGGAGAAGCAGAUAUGUUGCCUGGCGAGCUGCUGUUCAGAUGUCAACUAGUGCUGAGCAGCUUGCUUUACAGGUUAGAGAGCUUUAUUCAAACAUAAGGUGGCAUGAUAUUGAGAACAGCCAUCCCCUAUAUGUGUUGGACAAGGAAUCUAGAAAAUCAGUCAGGCUGUUCAAAAAGGCAAUUGUACGCAGGAAGUGCACUGAAGGGCAAUCUGUGAAAUACCUUAUUGAUUUUGGGAAGAGAAGGGCUAUUCCAGAUGUUGUUAUUAAACAUGGUUCUUUGUUGGAACAAUCCUCUAGUGAGAGAAAAAAAUAUUGGCUGGAGGAGUCUCAUGUUCCAUUGCAUCUUCUAAAGAAUUUUGAGGAAAAAAGAAUUGUUCGCAAGUCCACUGAUAAGAAACUCGGAAAAAUUCUUGAGGUGGGUAGAGUAAACAAGAAAACUCGUCAAGAAAGGGGGUUUUCAUAUUUGUUUACCAGAUUGGAAAGAUCUGAUUAUCAUCAGUGCGGGCACUGCAAGAAAGAUAUUGCAAUGAGGGAUGGUGUGAGGUGCCUUCAUUGCAAAGGAUAUUUCCACAAGAGGCAUGUCAGGAAAUCAGGUGGGACAAGGACUACUGGAAGCACAUAUUCAUGUCACAGAUGUCAGGAUGGGUUGCCUGCAAAGACUAAUACUAAUAAAAGGAAAAUUGACUCAAAACUGCAGAAGAUUCAAGCAAAGAAACGUAAAACUGUUCCUUCAGUUUGCAAAUCAGUGAACCUCAAGGGCAAUAAAAAGACAUUGAGCAAGAUACGACAGGUGAGGUCUCGAAACAGUAAGAAUAUCCCAUCAAGUGUACCUCUUCGCCGUUCUACUAGGAAGGCCAAAUCCUUGUAUAUGCAUAAUCAAAUGAAUGGAGGACAUAAAAAAGGAAAGCAAGGUAAAAAGAAUGUGGGGCGUAAAAAGGGAAAGCAAAGUAAAUCGAAGCUGACCUCUCAGAAGUCCAAGGAAACCACUAGUCAACAUAAAAAGUUGGCAGUAAUAACUGCACUUAAGAAGAGAGCAAAAAUCUGUAGCAGUUACUGGCAUAAUGGUCUUCAGUUGUCCAGAAAGCUAAAUGAUGAACGAGUAACGCUGUUUAAAGAGAAAAAGCGUGUUGUCUUCUCUGAUGAUUUUUCUGUCUCUCUUGAUUAUCCUAAAUGCAGCCUUUGUUGUGGAAAUGAGUGCACUUUGUGUUAUAUUGCUUGUGAAAUCUGUGGAGAUUGGUUUCAUGGUGAUGCUUUUGGGCUCAACGCGGAGAAUGCCAGACAACUUAUUGGAUUUAAGUGCCAUGUUUGUCUUGAUAGAACUGCUCCAAUCUGUCCCCAUAUGAAGAUUAAUGCAUUGUCUCGCACUGAAAGCAAUGCUGCAAUCGAUGGUGCAGAGGAACUAUCUAAUCCUGUUUCUCUCCAACCUUCAAGCGAGAUCCCUUGCAAUUAAAUACUGUUGGCAGUCAUGGAUGAAAUCUUCACCGUGCUAGGGGUUUGAUGAUUUUCUUUGAAAGGACAUGGGAGGACAUCAGAUGCCAGCUUCUUGUAGGGUUGUUUUUCUUCCUGCAGGAUUGGUGGCAAAUGAUUUUUAAUUUUUUAUAUAUAUAAAAAAAAUUGUGGUUAGACAGGAUCACUGUAGGAAUGACAGCUUGAUCAGGUGCUCUGUUGUUUUCUAUUUCAACUGUCCUCGAAAGGGAAAGAAGAAUAACGGAACAAGCAUGCUAGCUCCAAAGGCUGAAGAUAUUUUGUAAUCAGGACAUAGUUAAGUAGAGUUCAUACAUCAAUUGCAUUCAUGAUUGUUAUUCUAACCCAUCAGCAUUCAUUGUAGCAUUCUUUAACGUAGGCCUUUCACCGCUCGAACUGAUUUCACUAAUGUCUUGUCAAUUUAACUCUUAAAGGAAUGGAGUAUAUAAAUCAUAGCAGAUCUCAGUAAAGAAAAUAUUGAUCAUUGCAGAUAGUAAAUAGAACCUUGCUCUCUAAGAGAAUUUUUCUUUUAGAUUUGUCGUUGUCUUGGUGAAAACUUAAACAUGGAGCAAGGGGUUUUUUUUGGGGGUGUUGGAAAGUUAUUUUUUGAGUCCGAAGUGUAUAGAACGUCCAUAUAAUGCUGUUAAUUCUAAGAUACCCUUGAUGUGAUACUGUUUGUAGUUUCAACUAAACCUUGAAGUUUGUUAAUAUUGGAAAAAGUGAUGGUUAAAUCUGUUUAGAAAUUA